AUGGCUACUCCGAAAUUUUCUCCUGUAUUUGCGAUUCCUCCGGUUGAAUGUGCUCGGUGUAAAGUUCUGGGAGCUAAAUUUGUGUGUGCCACAUGUGGAACAUUUUACUGCAAUGUGCCAUGCCAAAUCGAGCACUGGCCAGCACAUAAAGAUGUGUGUAUGCCUCGGCUGGUGAUGGCAACUCCGCUGAUGGGAACGGCUCUUUGUCUAGAGGAAUGUACACCACAGGUGCAUGCGAUUGCUCCUAACGCGGAUAAUUUAAAGGUGAGUCCCUCUAGCAUGGGACCGGAUUCACCUAACGUGGUACCAACUAUUCCGUCGAGUACUGGCAAAUCCGUCUUGCAAAAGAUGGCUGUGGGAAAUGAAACCAUUACCUGUACAUCACCAUCGAAUGAGGAAAAGGCAUAUCAACAAAAAACGCAGCCUGUCAUCAAAAGUGCCAACGAUAUGGCUCCCAAAAGUUCUCCCGUCAUUCCGGAAAAUACAAUGGAAAAGCGUGGCCAGAACGUCUUAGGUACUGCCAUUGAAAAAGCAAAACAACAGAAGCCGGUCCUCAUUUCUAAGAACGUGGGCGACACUAAUGUCAAAAGUGCUACUGUCGUUCCCGAACAAACGGUACAAAACAAUAGCCAAAAAGCAGUUGAUUCUGUUGCGGUCAAACCAUCGAUCGUAGAAAAACUACAACGGUCGGAGAGACUCAAGAAUGUGAACAAUACAAAUACCAAAAUGUCUACAACCGACGCCGGGUUGCGUAAAGCAAACGCAGAAAAUUGUGAUCCGGAGCCCGACCGUACCUACAAUGGCAAGCUUCUUCAGCAGGGUCCUUUCCCCGAGCCGGGCAGUACUGUUAAGAUUUCAUACGUAGCGGAUGACAAGAUAUACAUAUAUGAAACAGGACCUGGGCCCAACGGUGAACGAAACGGCGUUGAAUUGCUGAUUACACGUUCGUUGGAGUGUGCUCGAGGCAUAAAGAACACCCUUUCGGCUCCUCCGAUCGUAGGUGAUAUCGUAUUUGCGAUUUUCGAUGGAGAUUACUAUCGAGCCGUGAUAAAAUCGGUGAAUGGUGAUAUUGCUGAAGUGUUCUACCCAGAUUUUGGCAACUCACUUGCGGUACAGUGGAACACACUGAAGGAAAUACCGGAUCCGAAGUUAAAGUAUGCCAACUGUUUGACGCAUGGCGUCUGGCUCGAAAAUAUCGCCGCUUUUACUCCGCCCAUUAAAGAUUUUCUUACACGGCUAGAGAAUGUAGCAGACUUUAAGCUGAUCACAGUGAUCGAGGUGCAGAAUGCGGCCGGCAUUAAAAUGGUAGAAAUGUACAAUUGCAGCGAAAAGUAUAAUUUAACUUUGAAGCUGCAGGAACUUCAAGCUAUCCAAAUGAACAAGGAGAUGCCGCUGAAAUCGCAGCCGAAAUCAACGGGAAAAACAUCCAAAUUUGUUGUUACCAACCCGAACACUUACAAACCGGUAUUAGUUUAUGAUCUGGUUGAUGCAGGUAGCAUCCAAGGCACGGAACUCGAAUUGGUGAUAGCAAAUGCUUCGAGUGUUUUCCAUGACAACCAAUUCUCCGUCAUGACAAAACCGAAUUUUGAACUGUAUAAAACAAUGAUGCAGGAAUGUGAGAUAUAUGGACGGAUCGACCCAAACCCUUACGAACCCGAGGCCAACGAACUCUGCUUGGUGCACAAUUAUGGUAUUUGGUAUCGUGCCGUAACGAUACAGCCAGAGACCGGAGACACCAAUUUAUUUUAUCUUGUGGAUGAUUUAUGCUUUGCUGAGGAUAAAGAUAUGAAAAUCCGGCGUUAUCCACCCGGUUUGACGCGACGUCAGUUCGUUGUUGAGUGUGUGUUGGAAAACACUGAUAUCUUGCUGGGUGUAAUAGACAUUGAUGAGGAUGCUGAAUCGCUAUGCGGUAGAUUGAUAAAAGCAGACGUUCAUCUCUUGAAAGAUGAAGAAAUGUAUGAAACGACCCAUGUAACUAUUGUUAACGUUGUUAAGUAAGAAAUGCUCAUAAGGUGAGCAUCACACAUGCUUGCACUGCAUUUACAAGACUGCAAGACUGACGCAAUAGUUAACAUAGCAUUUAAACUGGCACAUUUGUUUUUUCGAACGUGCAGGUAAUUUUUUCCAUAUAUUUGAAAAUCUAUUUUCCCUUAUACUUUUAUUAUUUUUCUAAGAAAAUGAAUUACAAUCUUACUUUGAUAAGAAGAUUGAUGAGAAUUUGGUUGUAAUGGAUGGAAAAGCGAUACUACUGAUGGAUUCGCAAAUUAGAUGCUCAAACACAAGUUCGCUCAGAAGAAGCUAAGUAUAUUAAGGAUUCGAAUUAGAUAGUAGGCGUGUUGUUCAUCAAUUUGUUUACUUAUUUUACAUUAAAAAUGUAAUAGGAUUUCCUUUAUAAUUCCUUUCUAUAAACUGUCAAACCUUGCGGUGGAACACUUUUAAACCAUUUGGUAAUUUUUUCCACCUUUUCUUAUAUUACAUUACUUUACAAUCAUUAAACAACACGGCCUGGCCGUUCUUAAACAAAUUAAAAAAAAUGUAUAUGUAUUACUUAGUAAACUGACGGAAUGUUUACAGGCAAACACACAAAGGUUGAAAUUACUGUCUGAUUACUGUUUAUAGAAAAAUGACCUAAAUAGAUGGAACGUAUGCAAAGAUUAGUACGGAUAACGAUCCUUUAAAUCGUUUAUAUCAAAACGCAAAUGAACGGAAAAUAGGAACGUAGUUACUCUUAACACUAGUUUGAAUUUUUUCUAUUAAUAUUUCUUGUGAUACAGAUACUACAAGUUAUGUGCGUUGAAUCGAAAUAGGUAUGGAAAUGAUAUGAACCAAAAUUUAUUUUUGAAUGAACUAUUAAAAACUGUUAUGUUCAUAUUUUAUC